GAACUGCCCGCGCGCCGUAAUUUAUGUGCUGAGGAGAAUCCGGAGCUCGCGAGGAUACCAGUAACUGAAGCUAACGGUCCCGUUGUCAAGGGUUUCACCCACAACUUUGUACGGACGCAGUUUUGAAUGAAACUAAUACUCAGUGUUGUGAAGAUUCACACUUGUUUACAACAGGACGAGACUCUUGCCGUCAAUCUGCACACUGUUGCUUCUGUUUAAGGGUGUAGCACAGAGUGCUGCAGUGAAGAUCACCACACCUCCCACAACCCAGAAUACUGAGUAUAGCGGUGUGAAAUUCCACAACCAAAUCCCAGAGAGCAGUUAACAAGGCCGAGAGACGGCAUUUGCUUUUUCUGUCUGAUGCAAGAUGACAACAAGAAGCCAACACCCUUGUAACGUUUUCCCAGAACUAAUAUUUUUUUAAAACUAUUUUCUAAUCUCUUCUUACAUCUUUUGAAUACAAUGCUAAUGCAUUUCCCCUCAACUUUGGAAAGAUGAACUUGGGAUUUUUGAGCGGAGGGACGAUUUAGAAUUCAAGCGAUAUUGAUUUCUUCCACCAUGUCAUGGAAAAGAAACUACUUUGCAUCUGGCAGCAGUGGCUUACCGGGUAUAUUCACCCCACGAACCAUGACAUCAAUCGCCCCCAGCAAAGGACUCAUCAAUGAGCCGGGACAGAACAGCUGCUUCCUGAACAGCGCUCUCCAGGUUCUCUGGCAUCUGGAUAUCUUCCGGCGAAGUUUCCGGCAGCUCACCACACACAAGUGUAUGGAGGACUCGUGCAUCUUCUGCGCUCUGAAGAGCAUCUUUGUGCAGUUCCAGUUCAGCAGUGAGAAGGUGCUGCCCUCUGACGCUCUCCGCUGCGCUCUAGCCAAAACCUUCCAGGAUGAGCAGCGAUUCCAGCUCGGCAUUAUGGACGAUGCAGCUGAGUGCUUCGAGAAUAUCCUCAUGAGGAUCCACUUUCACAUCUCUGAUGAGACCAAGGAGGACAUCUGCACAGCCAAACACUGCAUCCCUCAUCAGAAGUUUGCCAUGACACUCUUUGAGCAGUGUGUGUGCAGCAACUGUGGAGCCUCCUCAGACCCCCUACCCUUCAUUCAGAUGGUCCACUACAUCUCCACCACCUCUCUGUGUAACCAGGCAGUGCGGAUGCUGGAAUGCCGGGAGAAGCCCACCCCAGACAUGUUCGGAGAGCUGCUGAGGAACGCCAGCACUGUGGGAGACCUGCGCAACUGCCCAGGCAACUGUGGAGAGAAGCUCCGUAUUCGACGUGUCCUGAUGAACUCCCCAGAGAUCAUCACCAUUGGCCUGGUGUGGGACUCAGACCACUCUGACCUAGCAGAAGACGUCAUUCAUAGCCUGGGCACCGUCCUGCGGCUCGGAGAUCUGUUCUACCGAGUGACAGAGGACAAGGCCAAACAGGCGGAGCUCUACCUUGUGGGCGUGGUCUGUUACUAUGGCAAACACUACUCUACUUUCUUCUUCCAAACCAAAAUCCGCAAGUGGAUUUACUUCGAUGACGCUCAUGUGAAAGAGGUAUAUGUGCACAUGCCAGUAACUCAAAAUAAAACGAUGGUAGACCUACAUCACUACACUAAAGCAUACUACGACAGUGAGGAUUCAGGCCGUGAGCCGUCAAUUUCCAGCGACACACGGACAGACUCCUCCACAGACAGCUACAGCUAUAAGCAUUCACACUCCCACCACGAGUCUAUGGCUUCCCACUUCUCCUCUGACUCCCAGGGAACCGUCAUCUGUAACCCGGACAACGACUCCGCCUCCCACAGCAGCCUGGAAACCACAGGUCCUGACAGCGAUCAAGUGCAGCGCCACACUCUCAGAAAAGAUGGGGUCUUGGACAGAAAGGGAGGAGUUUUGGACCGGAAACGAAGUGCCAGCAGGCCACGAAAAUUUGAGGCCCGGGGUGAUUCAAGGAGUCGUUGCUCUAAGACAGAUGAGGUGUUGUCUGCCGGCUACCACAGCGAAGGCGAGACUUUAAAAGAGCAGCAGGUUCCUCGUUCCCUACCUAAACCUAGCUCCAAUCGACUUCGAGACUUUAAGGAGACUAUGAGCAACAUUAUCCAUAACCGGCCGCUUUCCGCAUCAUCCUCGGGCUCCGUUGGCCCACCUGACUUCACCGCUAAAGCCCGAGACUGGGAAGCUGACAGCACCAGCAGUGAGUCCAAGUCCAGCUCCUCUGGAGGGCGAUACCGUCCGCCCUGGAAGCCUCGCCGUGAGGCCCUCAACAUCGACAGCAUCUUUAGCAGGGAACGCCGCAAGCAGGCUGGGUACAGUCCGCUAGGCGCUCUCUUGUCUGAAGAAACUGGGCCUCGGGGGGACUUGGCGGCAUCAUCGGAACAGACCACCUUUCAAGACCUACCGGGACCCCUGAGACGAGGAUCAGAGCAGCCCCCGCGGCUUAUCCAGAGGAUGGAGAGUGGCUAUGAGAGCAGUGAGAGGAACAGUAACAGCCCCGUCAGCCUCGACAUGCCUGUUAGCGAGGGCACCCGUAAUGGCACACACAGCUUACAAGAGGCAGGAAUGAAAAAGCCUCCACCUGAUGUCAGCCCAUCAUGGAAGACCAAAUCCAAGAGCAGCAGUGCCUUACUGCAGGAUGUCAAAGCAUCAGUCAAGAGCAGCAGUCAUAUGAGUUUAGCAGGUGAGGGCCGCAGUGAACUGGAUGAGCUACAGGAGGAAGUAGCGCGCCGGGCCAAGGAGCAAGAGUUACAGAGGCGAAAGGAAAAGGAGAAAGAGGCGGCCAUGGGCUUCAAUCCCAGACCCAGCAAGUUCAUGGAUCUGGAUGAGCUCCAGAACCAAGGGAAAGGGGAAGGCUUUGAGAGGUGUGUGUUGGAGGCAGAGUCUCUGUUAGACCAGUCUCUGAGGUUGGAACAGGCAGGAGAGGUGGCCGCCGCUUUGUCUGUGGUUAACGAAGCAAUGUCUAAACUCAGGCAUACCUUGCAUGAGAGCAGCGCUAACGCUCAGGGCAGGAUGCAAAAGUGCAUGAGGAGAGCACGAGGUCUGCAGCAGCGCAUGCAGCAGCAGGAACUGCAGCAGAAGCAACAGGAGGAAGAUAAGGAACAGAAACAGCCCCUCAGUGAGCAGUCUGUCCCGGUCCAAAUACUUCUGACAAAUGUUAAAGAAGAGGAUGAGAAGGCAGUUUCAGAAAAUACAUUAAGACCACCAUCACCUCUCCACAUGAAACCUCAGUCUACAAAUAAACCGAUUUCUGAAGCCCCCGGCCCUCCUGUCUCCUCCUACCAUACCGAUACACUUUGCCAGCAGCAAGACCAUGCAGGGGACAACUCCAGUCCUCUUGCUGUGACAGAGAAUGGGCCACACUCACACACGUGGGGCCCCAGAGACCUUGUAACCACCACAAACUCUCUUGUACAAACUUCUAGUAUGCUCAGUUCUGCCACUGUGCCUGUGAUCGCAGUGAAUGGCUGUGAGGCUCCUCUUAAGUUGUCGGCUCCUCUCAAUACGCCCUCUAGUCCAUCUCAUUUCAGUGCCCGUCAAGCAACUUCCAUUUCUGAUCACUCCAACUCAGGGGAAGGACUGCAAAACCCACCUCGUCCUCUGUCUCUCCACAGCCUAACCCACACACCCCACAGCCAUGCUUCUGAUGCCUGUCAAAAAUCACUCCCGGCACCCUCGCGUAAUUGGUCCUGUCGCAGUCUGGAACGUCCUGAUGGCCGUCCUACUGAGAUGGAGUCCUCCCCAUACUCUCCAGCAGACCUCCGCUCCCCCUCGUCCCCCUGUCCUCCGUCCCUGUCUUCACCAGAACGGGAUCAGCGUCCAGCCGGCCCUAUGCCCGUGGAGCGGUGGGCCGAGAAUGUCAAUCGAUACUACAACUCCCAGAAUUAUGCACGGUCGGGACGUGACUCACCCUGUGAGGAGCUGUCAGAGCUGGACUCACUUUAUCAGGCCAGCUUGAAGGCUCCCAGCAUGCCCAGAGCCCCACAGGGACCCAGCCCUCAGCUAGCCAACAGAUCAGGUCCCGCUGCUUCUCGUAAGCACAACACUGGAUACUCUGCCACACUUGGUCGUUCUAAAACCCCCACAGCAGAGAUCGAGAGGAGUGCCUACAGGACGCCAGCAUACAGCACUAAAUCACUUCAGAGGCCUGUGUCUGCUGCGGCCUAUGAUGCACCACUGGGUGAGGAUGAAUCAUACAGUGCUGAGAACCUGCGACGAAUUGCUCGGAGUCUGAGUGGGACUGUCAUUGGAGGACGGACUGAUGUACCCCCGUCUCGCAGCUUUGAGAUUGCCAAAAGGCCAACAAGUUUUUGGCUGUGCUUGACAGGGGUGAAACUUUCUCCCGUGAAAACUACCACAAUGUCGCAAUGAGCUACGGCACCCUUCCAAGGGCCCACCGUAGGUCAGUUUCAUCUGGGCCCCCUGUGCACCAAGCAAGGCUGGGACCCCCAGCGGGCCCAG